GGAGGAGGGGGGUAGCGAGUAGUGAGUGAAGCGCUGAGAGGCAGAGACACACGUCUUUUUUUGUCUUACCGCAGUGUUUUUCCCCCUGCACUGCACCGCUCUGCGGAUCGCCCCGGGCUGCUGUUGGCGCAUGCGCACUGCGAUGAUAUAGCUCCGAGUCGGCCGCGGAACAGCUUCCCUCCUUCUCAUUCAUCCUCGUUUUUUUAUUUUUUUUUUCUCCUCCUUUUAGUAAGCUGCUCGGACGUGCAUUUGUAUUUGCGUUAAUAGAUAGGUAUCUAAUAGCGCAGAUCGGGUUAAGCCUUUCCCAGUGAGUGUGUGUGUGUGGGUGUGUGUGAGAGAGAGAGAGACAGAGCGUUAAACCUCAGGUAUUGGUUCAGUGAAUCAUUCUUGCAUCAAACAGCGAAGAAAAUGGCAAAGGACGGCAACAAGGGCGGCUGGAAGGAGUUCAUCUGGAACCCGAGGACGCGCGAGCUGUUCGGCCGCACCGCCAGCAGCUGGGGCCUGAUCUUUUUGUUCUACCUGGCCUUCUACAUCUUCUUGGCUGGGUUUUUCAGUGCCACCAUCUACGCCCUGCUCCUGACCCUUGACGAUAAUAAACCCACCUACCAGGACAGGCUUGCUACACCAGGCAUGAUGAUCAGGCCUACAGGGAAAGAGCUGGAGAUUAUCUACAACAGGGAGGACACUGAGAGCUGGGAAUCACAUGUGCAGGCACUGAACACCUUCCUCUCCUCCUACAACGACACGGUGCAAGAGCAGAAUAAUGUGGCUUGUACGCCAGACCAGUACUUCAUCCAAGAGGACAGUGACAAUGUGAAGAACACUCCUAAGCGUUCGUGCCAGUUCAAACGCUCAUUGCUGGAAGAUUGCUCAGGCUUCGUUGACCGCUUCUAUGGCUACUCUGACGGCAGGCCCUGCAUCCUCAUCAAGCUUAACCGGGUGAUUGGUAUGCUGCCAGGGAAGAAUGGCCCGCCACCGGCUGUUAGUUGUGGUCCCAAGACAUACAAAAUCGACCAAGAUGAAUGGGGUGAUGACUCGGACAAGUUCGGCGAGGUGGCAUACUUUCCUCCCAAUGGCACCUUCAACCUCAUGUACUUCCCGUACUACGGCAAGAAGGCACAGGUGAACUACUCGCAGCCCCUGGUGGCGGUCAAGUUCCUGAACCUGACGCUGAACACCGACGUCAACGUGGAGUGCAAGAUCAUCGCCAACAACAUCCAAACGACCAGCGACCGCGACAAGUUCGCCGGCCGCGUCUCGUUCAAGCUGAGGGUCAACUCGAGAAAAUAAUAUGAAGCAAGUCUGUGCUUAUACCUUCUACGCUCUUGUGUACACACAUACACACAUCUGCUUUAUACCCACAUAAACCAUGCCCUCUAUCAUAUCAUAAAUAUAUAUAUAUAUACGUAUAUACAGGACGCCCCAAAAAUUCUCAAAGAAUCACCCGUGUUACUGAAGUCAUCAGCCGAAUUUGUGUAUGUGUGUUGUGUGUACGCAUGUGUGUUUGUGUCUGUGUGUAUACACCGAGCGUUUCCAAGUAUUACCAGUUUUAUCUGAACAUGAGAAAUCUAUUUAUACUGCAUGACUAUAAUGUAAAUGAAACAUUUAUGAUCGAAAGCAGUGAGGAUUUGACGGCGAGAUGACAGAGGGCGUGACCGGGCAGAUCACAUGACUCAAAACAGGGAAUAAAAAAUAUGGACAUUUCACAAUACGCAUCAAGAGCUGUGAAUAAAUGCAUAUAUGUUUGUGUGAAUUCGUUCCUACGCACACACGUAUUUUACGAUAGAUCGUUCCAGCCAGUAAUUUUAAUAAAUACAGUGCUCCAUAAUAUAAGUGACUGUGAAUUUUCAUGUAUUUUAUAUAUAUAAGACUGGCUGAGAUACAGUAUAUAUAUCAUAUAUAGAAUACAAUUUCACUCACACAGCUGUACCCCAGUGGUGAAAAAACGUACUCGUCUCUGAUUGGCACCGCCCAGUGAAACCUCCCCCGCCCCUGUCGGGAACUAUCGCCUCGCCUUACAGUACCGCCUACUUUUAAUAUUUGCGUCAAACAUAUAACCAGGCGACAACAUUAGGUUAAAAAUGACAAAUCAGUAUUGUUCAGCACACGUUCUCCAUCCAGCACGCCUCAUUUCCAUGAGGCGUGGCUGCUUAUGCUUAUUUAUAUAUCUACACAACUACAUGUAUAAAUAAGUAAUAUGUUAUAGUUUCGCAUGUAUAAUAACGUAUUCAAGAAUCACAUCGUUAAAGAGAAA